CCCUGCCAGCAUCUCAUUUUGCUCCUCAUAUGACCUGUAAUUUUGUCACAGCACUACUUGUCUGCUUCACACUUCUUUGCUCCCAGGCUAGUUGCAGGACGUGUCUGGCUUCAGCUUCAAGGUCAGUUGGACUUUGCCUCUGUUUAUUCACCAAUGGCAGUGACAUUUCGAAUGGGAGGGUUAUUAAAAAUGUUUUGAAAGUGCCAUAGAUUGUAGCCUUUUGGGAGAUGCAGUUUGCUCAUUUGCAUAAGUACUCAGAAAACGGCGACUGUGAGAUUUGUCAGGCUACUGUGCUUCUGACCCAGAUAGCGAUACCAAAAUAAAUAUGUUAAAGAUAUGAAAAUAAAGCCUUCUUUUAUGCAAAUGGUAAAGUUUCUGCAGGCAGCCUGCUGAGCAGACAACUUAAAAAAUGUCAGCACUGUCCAUAAAUGUGUCCCAUUAACUAGAGAGGCUGAAAUGGUAUUGUAGAUGGGCGUUUUUAAUUGGUGUAACCGAACGCUGUAUCCUAAGAUUUGAUCAGUAUCGAGAAUUAUCUCUGGCUGAAUUGCCAGCAUCCUCCAAAUUGGCCAACUGAUCUCAGUAAAGAAUUUUGCUUCAUUUACAUGCCUUGUUUGGUUUCACAUCUACUCAGAAGUAAGCCCCAUCGAGUUCAACGAGGCUUACUCCAAAGGGAUUACAGAAUAACAGCCCAGAUUAACAAGAACUGUCUUAUUUUUGUGUAAUAAGCAAACAUCAGAUGCUGGGGUUUUGAACAAGUUAAAAUAAGCCCACUUCCAGGUCUAUUCUCCUCUUUAUGAAAGCAAACAGUCCUUUUUCAUUGUUCCAUAUUUCAUAAAAUUGCACCGCAGAAUUCCGUAGAACCCUACAGUAACAAUUCUAAACACACUUACUUGGAAGUGAGCUCUGCUGAACACAGUGAGACCUCUUUCUAACUAAAUAUGCAUACGAAUGCUCUGCUAGAGUGUUCCUUGUUUCUAAAUUUUAGACCUGGCAAGCCUGUAAACAGAUCUCAUCUGCCAGCAGAGGAACUCGAGAGAUUAAUUAUCGUUGAUUAUAACCUUUCCCUGUCUCUUUUAGUCUAACGGCAAACUAGCUAUAUUAGAAUAGUUACAUAAUAUAACCAGAGCCAUAGACUGUUACCCCUAUGCUGUAUAGAGUACAACCACUGUAUAUAGGAAUUUAAGUAACCAUGUCCAUAGAUUCUGUAGGUCUGUUCUGCAUAUGAUUUAGUUGGAUAUCACCCACAGACCACAUAUUUUAUUUGAAUACAGCUUCUAUCCAAGUGCUUAGGAUCACACGCCAGACCAGCUUAGAUUGCGAUAAUAUGGCAUAAAUGGUUCAUCAUGUAGUGUAGUUUAAAAGUUUGUGGACUAACUAUAGAGUAUUUUGAACUAUUCUUUACCAUGCUGGUGUUCAUAAUCAAACUCUGUAUGAUAUAAAACUACUAGUACCUUACGAUAAUCCACAGUGAUACAAUAUAUUAGCCUGACACAUGAAGUGCAUUGUUUCAUUUGCUUACAUAAUUGAGCGGUACUGAAUGUACACAAGUAUUACGAUUAAAAUUAAGAUUUAAUUAAUUUUAUGUAUGUAUUGGUUUGUUCAUCUGCUUACUUUCUGAAUUUAUGCACUCAUUCUUCAGUACUGAUACCCAAGGCACUGGAUCAGGAACUGAUUAGCAAAACCUUGAAAGACAUUUUUAUACUUUAGAAAAAGAGCAGCCAUUAUUGUUAUUUGAGAACGGAGAUAGUUCUCAAAUACAGAUGCACCAAUGUAUCUACCCAAACACUCUUUGAUUUAAAAAAAAUGAUGUUUGGGUUUUGUUUUGUUUUAAGCCAGUGCAAGAUGCAAAUUUGUUCCUUUAUCAGCUUUCUACUCUGUUUGUCUUGUUGUUUCUUUGCUGUUUGAACUCUAUCUGUGCUGUAUCUCAGCGGAUGCAUAACAUUUCGCUUAAGCCACAGCUUAAGGUGUCUUGAAAGAGUCAAGAGUCACAUGACACACAUGAUGCAUUUCUAUUCUACUAGGGCAGUAUUUUAUCUACAUCUAUUUCUAAACAGCUGAGUUUACUGCCAGUAGAAUUUUUGCCUACAAAGCAAAACGAAAAACCUUCCUAAUAUUAAUGAAAGAGGAAAAGAAAUGAGCAAAGAGUUCUCCUGCCACAACCAUUUCUCCUUUCGCAGCUCUAGCUUCAGUGCUUUAACAUGCAGUUUAUAAAUUUGCUGUGCUUAAUCUGACACCGUUGGAACAUGCAAGCCAAGGGGACAACUGUCCUGGAAAAUGUUGCCGAUAUGGGAGGUGCUAACUUUAGGUCAGCUCUGAAACUCCUGCCAAAAGUAACACGAGGGGUCUUUGCUGUUCUUAAACUGAAACAAAUAGGAAGUGCUGGAGCUCAGUGUAGUAAAAGACAUAUCCUCUGACCUGGAAGACCUUUCCCUAAUUUCAUAUGGGGUUAAUUGUGCUUAGUUAGUGAUGAGGAAAAUUCCUUUUGCACACAGCUAAAUCUUGCAGUCCCAACUAACAUGAUACACGGGGCUCAGAUUACAAGGCUUGGCACCUGGACUUAAAAGGAGUCUGGGGCCUGACUCUGGUACUUCCUGGAACUGAAUUUCUGAUUGUCCUAGUUGCAGUGGGCUUGCCACACUGACUCUGCUGGAGGAUGCCAUGUUCUUCAUUAUGCAGCUAAACCUAUAGGACAGAGUUUUCCAAACUAUUUCGCAACACAUGAGUGUGUUGGCUGCAGUGUGUCACGCAAAUGCUACCAGGACUGGAAAGGGGUUCAUUUAACCUGCACUUCACUGGAGUAUAUUUCUGUCUUAUUUUGUGCUCCCCACUUCCCCAAGCAGUAAGAAGCCCAUGAGCAGCACUCCAGUGUUCAGGGUCCUUCGAGGAAGGUGGUGGGGAAAAGAUAGCAAGCACACUGAAGACUCAUACUGAAGUCUUUCGUGAUAUCUACAUAUUAACACAUAUAGAAUCGAACCAAUUGGAUGUAAGCAGACUCCAAAAGCAGGCAGCACAACUGCUAAUCCGGCAUCAAAUUCUGCAAAGCCAACUGCAUCCUAAAAUGCGUCAUUUUGGAACUUUCCCCCAUGUCUCUGCCCGAAUUCAACCAACAAAAAAAAUCUCUUCCCUCUGCUUCUCUAGCACACUGCAGGUGCUUGGCCGCAACAAGGUCAUGUCUGCUAGCAUGACCUCAGUGGCUGCACUUUCAACAUUUAUGACUGGCUACAGAUGUGUUGGAUCAGGAAACAUAGCUAGCAGGGGCAGUCCUGCCUUCCUCUCCGUGUGUUCAGUGUAUGCAUUUGGGGCGGGAGUAUCUGCACACUCCUCCUGCUCCUCACACAAAUUAUCAUGGAUAUUGUUCCAAAAACUAGAGCAUUUAGCCCUCUUCGUUGGAUCGCUCAUCUAGCUUGCCAGGCAAAAACUUCAGUGGUGUUUAUCAGAGAAAAGCCAAAGUCAUCAUUUUGAAAUAUCUACCUAAAGGUAGCUUGCCAUUCUAUAGCAAGAGAUCCCAGAGCACAUUAUGAAUGUUCCAGAUAUGUUUUGGGGCUGGACAUUGACUAAAACAGGUUGCAAGGUGACUCCUGGGGAGCCAUGAUGCCAGUGUGAAUCAGAGGGGAAUGCCUGCACCAUAAGCAUAUAUAUUUUUGCUUUCUUUUAUCUUACUUGCACAGCUGUGCUUAAAAAGCUUUAAAAACAUAACCCCUUGAUGAAAGAAGCUUAAAUUCUGCAGUGAGAAUAAAAGGGACAAAUGGAAAACUGUCAGUCUCCACUAUACAUUAAUAUAUUCAGUAGAGCACUUCCUGUGGGCAUCUGAAAUGAAGCAAGCCAUUACCAGAGAGAAGGCCUUCUCGGUGGUGGUGCCUCAAUUGCAGAACACUCAGCUUUAUUGUCUUCUUGGUACCAAGCUUUUCAAAUGAGAGCUGUGGUUUUUUUAAAAACAGUUCUUUCAAAGGGGUGCACCAGUGUUGCAGAUAGGAAGUACAGCAGGUGCACCAUCUUAAGUUGUCACAUAGUGCAAUGGGCACAGGAGAGUGGUUUGCCUGCAACUAUUUACAUGAAGCAGAAGCCAAUUUGAGGUUUCUGUUGGAGAGAGAGGUUUGGAAGAGAGAUUCCUACUCUCUCAUAGCCGAUUAAGCACAAUAGUGAUUGCUACCAAGCACAUUAAAACUUGGUUAGAUUUACAUUUACCCUUAUUCACCUUUAAGCAAACAUUCUCCAAGAAAAUACUUAGGCUAGAAUAAAUCACAGACACUUACGCUUUGCAAAUAUGGGAAUGUUUUACUCACAAAGUUUCCAGAAGUUACAGCAAAUAAGUCUCUAUCUGCUGGCAGUAAAAUGAAGAUGAAACAGGUUCCAAAUGACUUUAAAAGGAAAAUAACUUUGUUUCAUUUCAGAAAGCUCCUUGCAAUAUUGGGAUUAGUGAAUAUGCAGGCUUUAAAAUCUCCUUUUAGAAAGACUGAACUCACUUGCAGUGAGCCAUGACUGCAUGACUUCUUGAUUGUCCCAGGAAGCAGAGAGAGAGAGAAAAGAAAGAAUGGGAGGAAGGAAACAAAAGGCUGUAGGGAGGUUACUAGCUGCACCUCCACUGGCACCCUGAGCUCAGGUUAACCCUUUCUAUACAUGCAAGUGUGAGUCAGUAAUUGUAUAUUACAACACUUACAAUGGGUUGUGGGAAGUUGGGGAAAUGCACUAAGGCAAGGGAAAGAAUCCAGUCAAGAAUUAAAGGGCUGUUUUUGGAUAUAUUCAAUAUCAAACUGAAAGUAACACUUCCUAUGGUUGCUUUCUUAUAUCUCAUUUUAAGCAAAUAGAUAGAUAGCAAUUCUAAGGAAUAUCAUGGUUUGAAUCUCUCAGCAGAAGGGACUGAAGGGCACUUUUGUUAAGGUUCGUCCUUGAUAAAAUAGGGCAAUUAAGGCGCAAUUAAGAAUAACUUGUGCAAGUUUUAGUGGCUAAUUGCCAAACUAUUGAAUGCAUUCUAUUAAGUCAGCAACUAGUCUUCUGAGUAUUUGAUUUUCUUUUAUUGAACGAACAAGUACCGUCUGCUUUGAAACCUUGGAUCACAGCACAAAUCUGCUUGAAGAAAUUCUGGAGAAAGGUGAAAGCUUUCAAGUGUGUGACCUUCUACACUGACUGCCCUCCAUUCCUUGAAGUUCACAUAUCAGGCUCAGGUUAAGAAAUGUUGCUCUAGAAAAAGCAAUUAAAUUUGCUCCAUGUUUGUGGCAGUCAACAUUAGCUUGAAAGGUCAGUGAUUAGCAGCAAGGGCCGCUUUUGAAAUCUGUGCACAAAAUUAAAAUGGUGUGCUUUGUUUAGUCAUCAGUGUUCUCUGUUAAUUACUCCCACACAAAAUCAGCUUCCUCAUCUUUCGAAUAUGUCAUGCAUUGAUCCCUCUUUUAAUUCUCUUAUAAAAUGGAAUCGGGGUGCCAUAAAUGCACUUAGCAGCUGUCUCUGUCCUAGAUGAUGUGAGUUUCUCCAUUGCUGUAGUCAGACACCUUUUGGCAUUUUAUUGCUAAAAGACCAAGUCACCUUGACUACUAUAUUAUUGGGGCAAGACAGUAACUCCCUGGCAAAGUGCAUGCACGCACAAAACCCUGAGAUCAAUCCCUGGCAUUUCCAGGUGGGCAAGUCUGUAAAGCACUACUUUCUGAAACCCAGGAGAAAGCCCAGUCAGAGUGGUAGGCAGCCCUCAGCUUGGUAGACCAAUGACAAUGCAAUAAAGCAGCUUUCCAUCUUCCUAGCCACAACUUGCUUCAUCCUGGUUGCAAAUGGAACUUUCACAACCUUUAACUAUGACCCAUUCAGAGACUCUUUGGGAAAGCUGAAGACUCUUGGAUACGUGUUGCGUAAGGAAUUUAUUUAUGAAUGUGUCCGCCCCAGCCACCACAUUAUGUUUUAGGGAAACCCCAGAGCAGUUUAUAAUACAAGUAUAAAACCCCAGAUGAACCAUAUUAAUAUGGGUCCUCAGGGUUUUUUUGCAGGGGGAACUCACCGGAACUCAGUUCCAACACCUCUCAUGUGGGUGCCAUUGGCAUUCUAAGAGAAAGAGGGAGGCAUUCAUGGUGAGUUCCAGCACCUCUUUUUCUAGAAAAAUAGCACUGUAGGGUCCCUGUGAAUUAGCUGAAAAGGCGGGAGACGUUCAUAUGCUGGGAGGACUCACCCAGAUAGAUCUUCCAGCUGUCCGUGAUCAAAGAGGUCUAAGAAAUAGUCCUCCAGCCAGAGUGGGAUUGAACCAUCUUCUAAAAUAGGCAGCUUUAUGGUGCAACUCUUUGCAUCUCUCUGCAGAAGUAAGUUCUGUUGAGUUCAGUGGGCUGCAUUCCCAGGUACAGGCCAGUACCCUCUGUGUCUGGCAGGACUCAACCCCACAGCAUGACAUCAGACAGGAUUUCAUUACUGUUGCUGCCAAGCUCCAGCCAAAGAAAGUUUCUUAUAGGGAAACCAGCCAGACCAGCAAAUGUGCCUCUUAAUGGCACUGGUGCACAGUGGAUCAUGUCAUACUGGCUGACUCCUAUAAGAAUUUCCAAGUCAGGCUUGUUCUGGUCAGAGCAAUAACCAACAAGGCUGCUACAUUUUCCUGUAAGAGACCACCUUUGCUCCUCUAACCUGACUGGAGCAUCUGGUAUUACCUUGUUUGGUAGAGCCAUAACUUUGAUAGAUGUGCUAAGUUAUCCAUGCAUCCCACAACUAGGUGAGAAGUCUAAAUAAGAUUGCCAGGUUCCAGGUUAGGGACAAUAACAUGAUUUCAACCAGGGUUCUGCUUUCUCUGCUUGGAUUCAGACUUGGAAUAUGGAAAGGAGGAAGGAAGCUAUUAUUGCAUGGAAUAAUGUACAGAAUUGCCUUGUCCUCAGCAUCACGCUCACUGUGCUCUUGCUCAAAUUCCUUGCAUUCAGUGUUCCUCUGUGGGAAAAGGCUGCAUGGAACGUGCAGGUUAUACACAUUAAGGGUCUCUCCAUGUGUUCAGUGUACAAGUUCCCAGACUAAGUGAAAAGUGGCAUGAGACAUUUUCAUACAGUAGGUCUUAAUGUAAGGCUAUCAGCUUGGUGGAAAAUCAAGGGCAAUAUUUCCUUUCCAAUUUCCCCUUCCAGAUGCUAGGAGUAUGAAUAAAGACAAAGCUGUCAGUCUGAAAAAAAUAUGCCAUUGAGACAUUGGACAUCGUUUUGUUAUGUAUUUGAGGCAUUAGUGCUAGGAUGACACAUCAUUGGCCUCUGCUGUAGGGCAUCAGGAUAUGUCAGAGUAAAAGCAAACAGAACACAUUCAAUUCAGCAGUAUUGUCUAGGCUGCUCUCCAAGAGUAAUGGGAUUUAAUAUAACAACUUCCACUUGCAGUAAAAUAAAGCAGGGAAGUAAUAAAGGCACCAGCAAUGUGAGGAAUUAUAUUGCAGAUUCACAUUGCACUCAGCGGCGGGGGGAAAUACAGCACACACAGACACACAACUUUUCUGAAACCCAACUCUGACUACCAGGAAAUAAUUCCUGGGAAAAGUAUAGAGGCUCAGAAGUAAAACAGAAUUGCACUAGCCAAAGAGUUGUGGCUGACACCUGCAGCACCCUUAACUAACUGCAGUUCCCAGGAUUCUUUGGGGGAAGCCGUGACUCUUUGAAGUGGCACUAUACUGCUUCAAAUGUGCAUCGCCGAUGAGGCUAGAGUAUUAUUGUGGCUCCAUACUUCGAAUUAUAGAACUGUAGAGUUGGAAGGGACCAUUAGGAAUAUUUUGCCUAAUGUGGGGCUCAAACCCACGACCCAGAGAUUAAAAGUCUUAUGCUCUACCAACUGAGCUAUCCCAGAACUGAGGAAUGCAUGCUCACUACAACACCUAAACAGAACCCUCAUUGAAUGGCGUUCUAAUAGGUUGCAAAGUGGACCCAUCAUGCUGCUGCCCUCCCAAUAUGCAUUCAUUCUAGACACACACAUACACAACAUCUGCAACAGAUAUAUGGCUGUGUGCAUUCUAAUGAAAUAGUCAUCAAAAGUAUUGAAAUUACCACAUCUGAAAGGAACUUUAGAAUCAACCCUGCAUGUUUUGUUCCCCCCACUUACACCCCUUCGUUCCCCCGCCCUUCAUUCCCCACAAGCUUGCCUACUCUCAUCCUCCUUUGUGUUCUCCACCCACUCCUGUCGUUCUGUGCCUUCUGUUAUGCAUGCCUCACAUAUGGGAACAUGUACUAAUUUUAGAUGCUAGUUAAGAGCCAAGGUUGAUGAAACUAGCAUAGGGGUGAGAGCAAAGGCAGCUCAGCUUGCUCCAGGAUCAGGUGUUCUAUCAGUUAAUGUCACUGGAGGUUAAGGGCACAUGGAAUAAGCCACUGGGAAAAGAAGGACUGAAAGGGCUACCAGCUAGUAGCAAUGUUUGAAAAUCCAAGGCGUGUGAAUUAGAUUUACGCACAGCAGAUAAAUGUCUUAAAUAAGACCACAUCUGCAAGUGAAUUUCAAAACCAGGUCAUUGUAACACCAAAUAACCUGAAUAAGGGAAUGAAUCACACAUUGUUUUCUAACACAGAAAAAUCCCCCUCUAUUGAAUUUAACCAUAUCUUCAAAUUACCUGGUGGAGUGUUGGUGUGAAAUGGUUUCUGUGAACUAGAGUCUUUUCCAUGUAAACCACAUCUGGACACGGGGUGAGGGGGUACAGCAAUGACACCCAGUAAGGCUUUUUACAAAUAAUGUGAUCCUCUACCCUAACGUUCAGACUUUUAAAGCAAACAUCUUGUUGAUAUCAUUGAGGCUUUUGCCAUUUCCACAUUGCAAUUUUCUGAUCUAUCCAGCUCAUUGUAUGAAAGGGCUUCAAGGUGUAAAAAUAAUAAGUCAGCCAGUCAAUCAAUCACUGCUAGUACAAUGUACAUGAUGACUGUGUCACAUUCCAUUACUUUAAGGAAUGGGUGGGAUAUGAAAACAACUUUUCAUGCAGUGCCUCCUUGCCAACAGAAAUGGCAUGAGCUAGCUAAACAUGACAGACCGUCUGAUGCCAUUAAUGUUACCUGUGACUUGAUGGAAUAUCCUACAUUCAACAGGGGCAAUGCACGGAUUAUUUUUAUGAAGAUCGUUGUCUUGUUCUAUUUUCUUAAUUUUGACAAAUCACCAGUCUAAGAAAAUACACUAGAAGGCACAAUCCCUUGACAGAAUAAAAAUGCAAUAUAUAUCAUUCAGAACGGAAGCAAUUCCAGCAAUUUCAUACCCCUUGGUAUGACAGUAUUUCUUGACCCUCAUGGUUACGGUAUUUUGAAGUCACAAGAAUUACUUCUAUUAACUGCAGUAAGCAUUUAGAGAUGGGCUCCCCCAAGCUCAAAAUGGCCUGAGAUUUCAGUGAGCCUUUUGCUAUGGAAAAGUGGACCUUAAAGGCUGUGUUCAAUUAACUAAUUUAAUUUUGAAUGUGAAACUAGACACUGGUGUCCUAUCACCCUCUAGCAUAAGCCCUUUGAACUUUAUAAAGAUGCAUGUGUUCGAUGGUGGGAAGCGGGUUUCUGCUUGCUCUAAAGCAGGCCUCAGGAUAUGAGCCUGAAUAUCCUCUUAAAAGGCUUUUAUUUAUCUACCACAGCAGUGGUUCUCAACCUGUGGGCUUCAGUCCCCCGGGGGCCUGCAGAAAUAUCCCAAGGGGUCCAUGAAGCAGGUGACAGCAACCAGUGGCGGCAAGGGGGGCACCACCAGCAACUUCUGAGUAAAUUCCCAAUGGACACUCUCCCGUUGCCAAACUCUUGUUUUAUCACAGUCCAGCAGGUGAAGGGCCAUCACUUCUGCCUGGCCACAGCACCACCACAGACUCAUGUACACACAGAGCAAAGGAUCAGUUGAACUAAAAGUGAAGGAUGGGCUCCUUCUUUCAUUGCUAGCUGAGCUUAUGCCCACCCACCUCAAUACAGACAUUCUCCGCCUCCUGAGAGAUAAAUGCAAGCCAGGCAAUGCAGUAUUAUGCAGCGUACAACUGAACCCACAUGCACGUUCAACACAUGUAUUCGGAUGCUGCUUCAGACUGCAAGGUUACAAAUAUGCAGGAGCGAUGCACUCACUAAGCCUGCACAUACCUUAGAUCUAAAGUGUAAAAGAGUCCCUAACUACCCAAAAGCAAUGUGCCACAGACCAAGCAAAAAAGAGAGCAAAAGAAAAGAAAGGGGAGGCAUAUCUGACCAAAAAGCAUAACACAAAGUCAAGGAUCAGAGAUCUCUGCCUUCUGCAAGAGCUAAGCGUUUCUCUUAAAAAUCUUACACCAGCCAAGCAACCAUCUCUUAAGUCUUUCCCAUUCCUUAGCCCAUGGUCCGGCAAAGCACAGGUCUGACCUUUCAGAACAUUAAGGAGCAAAGAGAUGUCCCAUUGGAGCUUGUGGAAUAUCCAACUGUUGAAAAUCUGGGGUUUAAGUACAGUUUGGAGCCAACUAUUCUCUACUGAGAAUGGAGGGGGAUGCUGGUUGAGUGAAUACUGUAAUACCCUUAUUCCUUUCAACAAUUACUUAUUUCCUGUAUUUUUAUCCUUUUGUUUACUCCAAUAGGUUUGAUGUUGAAGGGACAUGAACCUAGUCAGAAAUGACUAACUGGCGUUUGUUGUUGCAAUGAAUAAAAAGUGAAUUCAUUUAAAAGUGUCACUGAAGAUCAGAGUAGUUUUUCCCCCUUAUUAUUUAUCGUCUUAAUGAAUGGAGCCUAAAAUUACAACAAUUAGUGAGGGGUGUGUGUCCAAGAAUUAUUUCGAGGUUAAAAGGGGGUUGUUGUACUCCUGAAGUUUGGGAACCACUGGGCUAUAGUAACUGGGUUUCUAAAAUGGAGACCAGUCCUGAAAAUUCAGGAAUUAAUUACUCCAGGUAUGAAACAUUUUAUACCCCUCCCUCGAAGCACUAUAAAACUAGGCUACAAGAGGACAGUUGCUUUUUGCUUCUCUCUUUCUUUGUAUACUUUUAUGGUUUAGGGACCAUAGCCACUUAUUUAGUAGUUGCUUCUGAGAUAACUGUAGAUCAGAAAAAAACCACAGUAGCUCAAAGCCAUGAAAGAAAAAAUUGAAGCAUUAGGCUUGCUCCUGCUGCCUGUGUUUUGAGCCAAACAUUUCUACUGAACUACAGGAAUUAUUGACGUGCUUCCUUUCCUUUGUUCAAUAGGUCAGUGCUUCUUCUUAGUGAUUAAACCCUGAUAUGUGAAUGUGCAUGUCUGGAAUGCAGAGACGAGUUUUCAAAUGAUAUUUGCACUGAGGACUAAUGGAAACUGGCAUUUGCCACUGCACAGACCUAUACAACAAAAGAAAACCACUGAUACUGAAACGUAUUUCAACAAAUUGGUAAAUUAAAAAAAACUAACAGUGAGGGGAAUCAUAAAGGAGAAAGUGCUGAGAUAGCCAGGACAGAUCCUGCUAAUUAAAAACCUUUAAUGGACUGGGUCCUGGCUAACUUGGCACUGUCUUCUUUACAAUCCCCGCCAUUCCAAUAUUUAAGUUCAAAACCAACAACUUGAGUUGGGCUUGUAGAAGACAAGACUAGGUUUGAAACAUCUGAGACUUCUGAUAAAUAUCUGCCUGCCUCCAUAAAACAAUCAACCAGUUGGUCACAUUGUCACCGUUCUCAUAUUAUUACUUAUGUACCUAUUUCAGCUCUCAUUGCAGAUUUGUGUGCGUCUUCCAAAACUAUUAGGUGACAAAAGAUGGCCAGUACCUUCUCACGUCUCCUAGCUGGUCGAAGAACUGCAGUUCUCUUUGCAACAGUUAGUACUGGGGCGUUGACCACUGGAUACCUGCUGAAUAAGCAAAAUGUGAAAGCUGGAUCCUUUCACAGACAAAGACUGUUCCCUCCAAGGUAAAUACUUUGAUUCAAAUCAUUGAUGAACAAAUGUUGCUGCCUGUUGUUUGAAGGGCCUAAGUGUCUCCACUGAAUACUAUUUGGCAGUAAACAGAAAAACAAGGCUGUUGAGGAAGAGAGCUCAAGAAGCAAAGGUGUUGAGGAACAGCAGGUGAGAAGGUUGAAGAAGCAGGACAGAACUAGCAAUGGACUUAGGUCACAGCUGCACCAUACAUUUAAGCAGUGCUUUUUUUCCUUUAAAAAUGUUUAGGGCUACUCUCAUUUUGACUCAAGAAAACCACCAUUUUAUAGUUCAAAUCGGGGAAAAUAAAUACAGUAAAUGGACAAAAGUAUAAAGAUUCACAAAAUGUUUAGGGGUAUGCAUACGCCUGCAUACCCCCAGAAAAAAGCACUGCAUUUAAGGGACACAGGUAUACCACCUUAACAGGCAUGGCUCUUUCCCCUCCCCCAAGAAUCCUGAAGAUUGCAGUUUACUGCUCACAGAGCUACAGUUCCCAGCAUCCUUAAGAAACUUCAUUUCCCAAGAUUCCUUGGGGGAAGCCAUGUGCUUUAAAUGUAUGGCUCUGAGUUCUAGAAGACCUGCUCCCUGCCGUCUGGCAUUUUCCCACUUGCCCAGGGAGCACGGGGCCCUGACUGACUCCAGCUACAAAAGAUGCGUUUGCUGAAGUGGCCAGAGACCAUCUUGGCUGUGUCAACCAGACCCUGGUUGUCGAGCCUGAGCUUCCACAGCCACAGCCCACAAUGAACUACCAUAGGUAGGAUUUGCCGCAACAGCAGCUGAUAUGUUCUAUGCUUGUGAUAAUAUUUUAUUCUCUUGUUAAUUAUACUGUUUAAAUGUGCAUUUUAUAUUUGACAUGGGACUCAGCUAGAUUGGGAAAGAAAAUGCAUUUUAUAUUAUUUGUAUGUGCAUUUUAACACUGUGAUACCAGAUGGUGCUAUGGAGUUCCAUUUUUGCCAACCCGAUUUCUCAUACGAAGUUUACAACGCGUUUAACUGAAAUGCUUCUUUAAUGUGUCUAGAUCAAGCCUUACUUUAGUAAUGUUUUAUUUUGAUUUUUUUUAAGAUAAAAUUUUAGUUUUCAGGUAAUUAUGUUGCUUUGAAUGUAUACUUGAUUUAUUGAGUAAUGUUUUAUUUUGAACUGUUUUGUUUUAUGUUUUUAUGUAUGUUGUAAAACACUUAGAGGUUUUCCCCUCUAAAAAUAUAAAGCAGUAUAGAAAUGAAAAUUAUUAUUAUUAUUAUUAUUAUUAAAGGAUAAAGUGAUCUGAAUGGGGCAAUAGAGGCUGAAAUUCCCAAACUGAUUUGCGUUUGAGGGGCACACAGAACACAGCAAGCUAGAGUCAUAGUAAAAAGGUAAAGGUACCCCUGACCGUUAGGUCGAGUUGGGACGACUUUGGGGCUGCGGUGCUCAUCUCACUCUAUAGGCCGAGGGAGCCGGUGUUUGUCCUCAUACAGCUUCCGGGUCAUGUGGCCAGCAUGACUAAGCUGCUUCUGGUGAACCAGAGCAGCACACGGAAACAGCGUUUACCUUCCCGCCGGAGCGGUACCUAUUUAUCUACUUGCACUUUGACAUGCUUUUGAACUGCUAGGUGGGCAGGAGCUGGAACCAAACAACGGAAGCUCACCCCAUCGCGGGGAUUCGAACCGCCGAUCUUCUGAUUGGCAAGCCCUAGGGCUCUGUGGUUUAGACCACAGCGCCACCCACUGUUCCUUAUAAUAAGCAGGUGUCAUUUUUAAAAUCUCCAUUCCACAGAGAUUCCUGUGAAACUAAUUAUAAUAAAUCUCCCUCUUCCUUAUGAAUGAUAUUAUUUACUUCAUUUAUCUCUCAUUUUCCUUCCAAUGAGCUCAUGCCAUUUUAUAGGGAGGCUAGGCCACAAGUGGAUGGCUGGCCCAUGAUCGCUUAAUGAGCUUCAUGGUUGACCAGGGACUUGAAUGAGAUUCUUCCCCAGCCCUGAUCCAAUAGGUCAACCCACCCUUCACCAAUCUAGUACCCCUUCCCCCUGACUGUUUGAACUACAACUCCCAUUGGCCUCAACUAGCAAUGGUUGGGGAUGAUGGGAGUUAUAGUCCAAAACAUCUGGAUGGCAAUAAAUUGACCAAGCUGCUCUAAACAUUACAGUAAGCUGGUUCACUUCCGUAAUAUCUCUAACAAGUAUCAAAACAGUAAUGAAAAAGUUAGGUAAAUGUUGUGAGCAGAUACAUUUCCAGGAAUCCUAGUUGAGCUACAUUGAUUAAUACCAGCUGCAGAGUCAUCUCAUUAAAUUUACUUGCACUUUAAUUUUGCAGAUUAACACAAAAAAUAUAAAUUCUGAAGGUCAUUUGUUUCCUUUCCAUCUGCCGAAGUGCUUCCGUCCACUACUGAAACUGUCUCUGUGGUUUCUGCUGGAAGCCAGCAUUCCUCUGGGGAAGCACAGUAUGCGUGCUUCCCCUACAGAUUGUAUAAGCCAACAAGCAGCCACACUUCCCAGUUCCCUGCCAUUUUCUUCAAACCAUAACAUAUUCACAGUGUGCUUCCUUUUUUCUUUUUCUUUUGCUAGAGGCAUAAAAGCAGACAGGCAAGUAGGAUGCCGAUUCUGCCUACCUUCCCUGAUAUGAACUUGAAAAUGUAACCAAAGAUUGCCGAUCAAUAUGAAUGCUUUACAUUCCUUUUCUUUUUUUAUUCUUUUACCAGUGCAGACUUCCCUGAUCUUCGUAAGCACAACAACUGCAUGGCUGAAUGCCUCACUCCAGCAAUCUAUGCCAAACUGAGGGACAAGAUGACUCCCAAUGGCUACACGCUGGAUCAAUGCAUCCAAACUGGUGUUGACAAUCCUGGCCACCCUUUCAUCAAAACGGUCGGCAUGGUUGCAGGAGAUGAAGAAUCUUAUGAGGUGAAGAUUUUCUAUUAUAUGCUGCCAUCCACUUGUUUAGUUUGUACAUUUACUAGAUGAAACAGUUAGAUAAACACAGAUUCUUCACGCAGGGUGUAGUUUUAAAGGAAAAUAGGACACUACAGUGUACACAAAACACAAGGCAUAUGGAUAAUGAUGGUAGUUGUUUCUCUUCCUUGUGGGAUUGUUUCCCCCUAAGCGGGAAGUUCAGUGAAGAGAAAACACCAUUAAAGGCACCCUCUGUAUAAUAAUAUCCAGGAUAAUAAAUGCAGGCACAGAAGACAAUAUUUUAUUUGCCUCCUGUAGCUGCCUUGUCUCUUGCUGGUAAAUUCAGCUUGAGGUAAAAAAGUGGAACCGUUGUUCACUAAAUUGAAUGAAGCAGAAAUUCUGCUGUAAAAAUGUGUGUGCACGUACACACAUUCCUAUACAUAGACAGCUAUCAACAUGGGCGUAACCAAGGAGGCGAAGAGGGACAGCUGCCCUCCCCAGAUCAAGUAAAACAAUAGAAAUACAGUGGUACCUCUGGUUGCGAACGGGAUCAGUUCUGAAGCCCCGUUCUCAACAUGAGCAGAACACAAUCGGCAUCUGCGCGGGUUGCGAUUCGCCACUUCUGCACAUGCGCGUGAUGUCAUUUUGCGUGUCUGCGCAUGUGCGAGUGGCAAAACCCGGAAGUAACCCUUUCCGGUACUUCCGGGUCGCCGCGGGACGUAUCCUGAAAGAACAUAACAUGAAGAGGACGUAACAAGAGGUAUGACUGUACUUAACUAACUGACCAAUCAACUAACUAACUAACUACCCCCCCAACAAAAGUCCUGCCCCCCCCAAACAAAAAUCCUGGCUAUGCCCACAGCUAUCAACAACAACAAAAUUGACCUCAUCAGGAAGCUAGCCUGGCUAUUCCAGGAAUUGAAUCCAGGAACUAGAAGGGUCUCAGGCAUACAGCGUACCUCCCCCCCCCAAAAAAAUCAGCCAAAUGAGCAAAACACAGGCGGGAUUUUCUCCUUACAUUUCUUAUUUUUCCUCUUUCUAUUUUAGGCUAGUUUCUAAGGGGCUUUAAAAACUAUUUUAGAAGGGCAUCCAUGAAGUUCACAACAGUUUAGGAUAUGUCACCCUUGAAAACCGUCUCUUAACAAUUGUCAGCACCCUUAACGAAUGACGGUUCCCAAGAUUCUUUGGAGGAAGUGGCAAAAGAGUGCUUUAAAUGGGAAUGGAGGCACAAAGCAUCCAAAUAUCCUGUCACUUUAACAAAAAUCUUCAAAAUCUUGAGAGUAUUGAUCUGAAAUGACCUAAUUUCUUGCAUCAAAAUACAGCAUGCUGAUAACAGAAUAAGUUGAAUAUUGUUAUUGGGUGGGAAGUUUUGUGGUAUAUGGGGGAGAGGGGACCUGGGCAUAAUUCUGGGGCACAAUACAGCUUUCUCCAGACUGUGACCGAACAGUCAGAGCAGAUUUUAAACCCAUAAAAGCAAACAAUAAAGGUUCUGGAGAAAACAGAGGAGAUGGAGGCUGUGUCAGGUGUUCCCUAAUAUUUAAACUGCCACUGCCAGACAUACUGGCUAAUUAGUAUAAUCAGAAGCAGAAGUUAGUGAUAGGAGCUAUAAUUUUGUACAAGGCUGGAAAAGAUUUGCCCCACUAUAGUGAUAACAGUCUCUAGAAACAAUUAUUAAUUUCUUUCUCUCUUUACUUUUGAUCUCAGCAUUAGUGCUGUAUAUAUUAAAUGAAAUUCAGGGUCUUUUUCUCUCUCUCACUCCCCCCCACUCCACGCACAAACAAGCUACCCUAGUUCUAUUCUUCCCAGAUUUGAAGAGCAAAUAAUCAGGCUAACAAGCCCAGAAGCCAAUUGGAGAUAGAUAGAUAGACAGAUAGAUAGAUAGAUGGAUAGAUAGAUGGAUAGAUGGAUAGAUAGAUGGAUCUCAUAUUGAAAAUGGAUCACUCUUCAAGAGCAAUGGUACUGGGAAGAAUGGCUAAGUUACUGUCUAAGAGGGAGUGGAAUUUAAAGUGCAUGCAUGGAAGUGAUGUAGUUAGCCAACUCAUUCAGUAACAGAAGAACGAGGGGUAUUAAUGCCUCUAAAUUGUGUCGCAUUGUAUGUUAAGUAUGUAUCUUGCCUUUUUAAAAGACGACUAGCAAUUAAAAUAAAAUCCUCCCAAUGCAGUACCGUUAAAAAGAAAAAGCACAAAAAUCAAUUACAGAACAGCAACCUCUAUUAAAACAAUAAAUUUAGUCUGGGAUAAGGUUCACAUCUCCCCAAUGCCUGCCAGAACUAUAGACCCUAAAUAAGUGAAUCUCCUGAAUAUCCCUAUUUGGGAGUUUCAUAAAAAGGAUGCUACCACCACUAAGAAUGCCAUGCCCCUUGUGCCAGCCAAACUUUUUACUGGACAAUGUUGGCACCCGAUUUACUUGUCACAGUUUUUAUUUCCUCGCGCUUGACACAUAACAUAUCAAAGUUCUGCCUUUCUCCCCAAUAUUCCUUUCCCAUCACUUCCUUUAUUUCUUUGUCUCUGUGUAGCUCUUUCCCCUUAGAUAGGAGGUCUGGUUUGUGGAAUGGUUCAAAAAAGUGAGGAGAAUUAAAACAUAUCAAUUGCAAAUACACAAAAGAGAUGUAACCACCAAAGUGACUGGAAUAUAAUAAUAAUAAAUAUAUGUCAUUGACUCUACAGGAAUUUGCUGAAAUUUUUGAUCCAGUUAUCAAAUUAAGACACAAUGGCUAUGAUCCAAAAGUAAUGAAGCAUCACACUGACCUGGACUCUUCCAAGGUAGGUACAAUUUAGGACCAAUGUAAGAAAUCUUAACUUCAGAGAAAAGGGGCUGAGAAUAAUUAUAAGAGUAUAUUGCCAUGGAUAGAAUUAGCAUUUGUGUACUUGUUUUCCAAGUAAUAUUUCUUACAACAUAUAGGACAGUGCUAGAUUAACAUUAUCAGGUGUCUGCCUCAAAUAGCUGAUUUUGAGUUAAUGCCAAAGAAAAUUAUUUAUUUCAUGUAUUACUGUUGAAUUUUUACUCCCAGGGAGAGGUGCUUGUGGGAUUUUUCUGCCUCAGGUAUCAAAAAUCUUUGGUCAGUCUUGGGUACUUGACUUGGGGAUGGGGAGCACCAUUUGCUGUUCUCAGGCAGAACAAUGUAUUUUGGCCAGGCCUAGACAGCCCUUUCUGUGACACGAACUCCCUUUUGUGUGUGGAUCAGAUCACCCAUGGGCAAUUUGAUGAACGCUACGUCUUAUCAUCCCGCGUACGCACUGGCCGCAGUAUUCGGGGCCUGAGCCUACCGCCUGCCUGCUCCCGGGCAGAGAGGAGAGAAGUAGAGAACGUUGUAGUCACUGCUUUGGCUGGGCUGAAAGGAGAUCUCUCUGGGAAGUAUUAUAGCCUGACCACAAUGUCUGAGAAAGAACAGCAGCAACUUAUUGAUGUAAGUACAAUGCCCAGCCUGGAGGUUUAAAGGUUUAAAGGGAUGCCGCUUCCUUUUGCAUACAGAUGUUUUAUGCACAGAUAAUAAGGCUAUUGUUAAUGUUGCAUUUGAAUCCUAAACACCUAAAAAUAGGCUGGAAAAAGUCCGAGAGGGCCUGAAAUAUUGCAAAAGGCUUAGGUAUAUCAAAGGAAAAUGCUCUGCUUUGUUUGAACGAUUAUAUUUAAGAUCAAUUAAGACCACUAUAUAAAUAUAGUGACAGUCUACAUUUUUUAUUUAUUUAGUGCCAGUCUAGAUAUGUAAAUGUGAAUUGUUUUCCUUGAUUUUUAAAAUAAAAAGCCUGAAGUGCAGUGGAAUAGUGAGGUGGGAAAAUAGUUUAGCCCUUUUCUCAAUUCAAAAAACAUUCUCUUGCUCCCCCCCCCCCCAGCAUAUAACCUUUCUCCUUGUAGGUCAAAAAGAAGCUUGGGCAGACAAAUGGCAGGAAAUGAAAGGGUUAAGCACCACCCUCAAUCUUCCACUCACUUUUGAGAUUGCCUUUUAGUCAAAACCCCAAAUUGGGGGCGGGGGCUGGUUCUUUGGGGCAAAUGGAGAAGUGCCUCACCAAACACAGUUUGCCCCCACUUGCCUGCCUUACCUCUUACAAGCAGUUCAGGGAUGCCCUGGUCACCAGCUCCCUCCCCCUUAGUCUUUGUUUUGCCCUUGUAGAACACAGCAGGGAAGAGGAUGAGGACAAAACAAAUAGUUGGCUCUUCCUGUCACUGGCUCUGGCUCCACCUACUGUUGCCCUCUCUGCUUUCUGCCCCACCAAUCCCAAUGGGCACCAGGCACCAUGUGUUUAUGGGAGUGAAACCCCGGAGCUGUGUUGCAUCUGGUAUCUCCCUAGCCCAAUGAAUGAUUUCCCUUCCAGAAAGUAAAAAUGUAGAUUUUGCAAAAAAAUAGUUUUUGAGUUUUUUUAAAAAAAGGAAAUUCGCCAAAAUCUACAUUAGCAACAUGGGCCACCAUACAGCCAGACUUCCCUGGACAUUUCAGCAAUUUUUGCCCAGGUGCUGAUUACAAUGGAAAUUCCAGGCAUAUGACAACCCUAUUAGAUGGUGAUGACUAUAUUCACCCAUAUUUGUAAGUAAUAGGGAUGCUUACAAUAUGAUGAUGUGCAAAGCAACCUUAAAAACCACAUCCUUGGUACUAUUAUCGUUCUGGGUGAUAUUCAAUGAUGUCAUACCCAUUAAAAAUAAUGGACUUGCAUUACUUAGAGUGACACUGGAUCUCACCCAUUAUGUCCAUAGUUCAGGGAAUCAACAAGUGCAUUGGUGUUGCAUUGGACACCCUUACUUUGAUUCCGAAUAAUCUGCAUAGAAGUAGAAACUUGUGUUUGUGCAAACCAUGACAUUUUCAUCUAGCUGUCCACAUGCCUCUAACUGUGGUAUUUUUAUUUUAAAGGUGAUGGUACUGUAAAUCAGGGAAUACUGUAAAAAAGCAGCACUGGAUUUAAUUUAUACCUAUUGUGUUCUCAUGUACCUUGGUAACCUGUACAGUGAAAAAAUAUGCACACCUAAAACUGCAUUAAAGGGUGUAUGCAUGAAUGUCCUAAUAAGCUCUAGACACACAAAACAAAAAUAUUAGAUAUUUAACUUGCUGGUGGACUCUGCAAACAAGAUCCAUUAGCUCAUACCCCACAAUCAAUAAAGAAAUUAAGUCUAUAAAUAAGGAACACUGCACAGUUGAGCUGGGAUUUAUGCACCUGUAAAUGAAAAUUUGUUGGGGGAAUAAAGAUGGGGGGGGGAAUAAUUCUGUUAAGAAAUGAAGUUCUAUCGGAGGCUUUAUUUAUGAGUAAAAACAAAUGGGAACGAGGAACAUAAUUAAUCACUAAUACAAAAAGGUCAGAUCAACCUGACCUUUAGACUGCUAUCAUGGAUUUUGAUUAGGUCUCAUGUCUGAAAAACCUUAUCUUUAAGAUUUUAUUAAAAAUUAGACACUGCCUAAAAGCUUUUGGCAUACAAGUUGAAUAAUUGGUAUAAAAAUUCACUUUAAUCCUUAUACGUAUUGUACAUUGUUCUGUACAUUGUUUCUCCUUUAUUUCUUUUUCCUCUGUGUGGUUACAACUCUCUAGAAUCAUUGCUUUUACAACAAAAUAAAAACCUACCAAGUUAUCUAGGGAAAGAAUAUUGUCAUUUGCAGUGAAGAAGAAUCCAGUGUGAAUCUUUAUUUGCUCAGUGGUGGUGCUUGCAUGUUCUUCCUUGCAAUGAUGAUUAUGAGACCUAAAAUUCACUUCUUUCUUUCUUUCCCUCUGCCUUGCAUAUGCUGGUCUGCAGGACCAUUUCCUAUUUGAUAAACCAGUGUCCCCUUUGCUAACAUGUGCCGGGAUGGCCCGUGACUGGCCAGAUGCCAGAGGAAUCUGGUAUGGAAUAUGAAUUGUGCACGCUUAAGCUAUGAACAAAUGGCUUUAUUAGUUCCUUCCUAACACAACAACAGCUGCUAUUCCUAAAACCAAAUGCAUGCUUUUGCACACACACUCUCUCAUCUUCUUCCACUAAUUGAUUUUUAGGAGAAGUGCAGUAGCAUACAUAAAAAAGAAAGACAGGUGCCUGAGUCUAUUAUUCUAUAUCACCAGUGACAAAAAGGUAGCAUAAAACCCUAGUGACUGGAUUUCUUUCUUCAGUUCAUAAGGAGUUUGAUUCAUAGAGAAGUCUGUGGACAGGGUUCUUCUCCCUCAGCAGCUCUCUAAAAAGGCUCAAGGAGACCCUGCAGAAAGGGGUGCGCUUGAGGGGGGAAGGAAUUAUUCAUAAUAAAUAAUGGAGGCAUUAACUAUAAUUAUAGUACAGUGGUACCUUGGCUGCCAAACUUAAUCCAUUCCGGAAGUCCAUUCCAAAACCACGGCGUGCUUGCCCAUAGAAAGUAAUGCAAAACGGAUUAAUCCGUUCCAGGCUUUUAAAAACAACCCUAAAACAGCAAUGUAACAUGAAUUUUACUAUCUAACGAGACCAUUGAUCCAUAAAAUGAAAGCAAUAAACAAUGUACUGCAGUCACACAAUCAAUCAUUCAAUCAAUCAAUCAGUAGCUGAACUGGGUUCCGCACAGUCACAGUCACAAAACAAAAAAGAGCCACAAAAACGAAAACGCAAAAUAAAUAGCAAAAACAGACAGACCUCAGUGUAACACUCAAAACGGAGCACGUGUGGCAAAAGUUACUUCUGGGUUUGCAGUGUUUGGGUUCCAAGUUGUUUGAAUACCAAGGCGUUUGAGAACCAAGGUACCACUGUAUAUAAGUAUGAGCUUCUUAUUAUACUAAAACAGUUUUGGAUUGGUAGUAUUAUAGAAAUUCAGUAUAAUAAAACCAAUGUGGUUUAUCAGUAAAUAAUUGGAUGAAAAGGAAGAGAACGAGAGAGAUCUCUAAAUGAUUUGAAGGAAAUUUUAGUUCUGUCUCCCUGAUAUCCUGAAUAAAGGCUAAUCAUUUGUGAAGAUUUAUGAUGCUCUGAAGGAAUUUCUGUUCCUUUGGAAUCAGUGAUGUCUUACUACUUUGAUAAUGAAUGAAUGCCUCAGGACUGAAAUGUGUUAGGUACUUUACAUGAACGUUCAAAUGUGACAGUGUAUUAUUUUAAUUCUCUUUGUUACUUUUUUUCAAAGGAGUUUAUUGUUUUAUCUUUGAAUGUGUCAGCUGUUAUUAUGUAUCAGUGUGGGCCAAAGUAUAUAAACAGAACUGAAACUUGCCCAUGCGUUUGUAUUUAAAUAUCUGCAAUAAAAAGUUGCAUGGGAAUCUUAGCCUGGAUACUUUGGUGAACGAAAAUAAUCUGAGGGCAAAUGAGCGAUAAAAUAGCAAAAUAUCCAUUUCUUGCAAGACCCAGGUUUCACACUCUGCAUCUUCAGUUAAAGGAUAUCAGGUAUUAGGACAGCUACAACUGUCAGAGUAAAUUCCCCAUAAAGCAACUCCUAACAUCCUGAAAUGUCAAGUGCUGUGCUACUUUAUUAAGCAAGACUUGCAGUAGCAUACAAAGGUGUUCGAUGCAAUGCAGAAACUGGUCAGGGAGCAUCAUGUAUACAGCAUGCCCACACACUGUCCUGAAUGCUUUCCAGUCACCAAGAAGCUUAAAUGAAAGUAGGCAACACAGAACACACUUGGCUCAGAAAGCAUGCUGCUGUAGCUACACUGAGGUACCAUUUGCAGUUCUGCAUUUAUGGGCUUAUGGGCUGGGAAAGAGUUUCACUGAGCAUAUAAUGAAUUUUUGCAUGCCUGUUCUGUUGUGGAAUACUUGAAAAAAUGAACUAAUUUUAAAGCAAAGUUGAAUACGAUUUGGGCUUUAGACAGGAUACACCUUCAAAUGUUCCAGUCUCAAACUACCAUAAACUAGAGAGGCAGAUUCUCCUCUUUCCCAAUUAAAAAGGAUGUGCACACUUUCCCUUUCUCAGUUCCCAUAGCAGCACAUGCCUCACACUGCGCUCAUUUCAGAGAACAAAACGUACUCUCUAGCGUAGCAGCAGUUGAGUACCAGUGGGAUCAGGACUGAGCAGUGCUCUUUAUAUAACCCUAAAAAUGGGAAUGAUUUUAUCAUUGGUACUUGUUCAGUGGAAUGAAAUGGCAGAAAUCUUCACUAACCCUUGUCCUUAACCUUGCCACAGUAAUAGCAGCGCACAACGCUCAAUUCUGCCCACAACAGAGACAGAUAAGAAAGGGGAGAGGUGAAACGAAACAAUCAGGCGCCUGUGAGAAUCGUUGUUGAAGGCUUGUGUGACAGUAAUACCAAUGCCUUGCUCGCUUCCAACCAGGCACAACAAUGACAAAACAUUUCUCGUCUGGAUCAACGAAGAAGAUCACACCAGGGUGAUCUCCAUGGAAAAGGGAGGCAACAUGAAACGGGUCUUUGAAAGAUUUUGCCGUGGAUUACUAGAGGUGGGCAUUUUGUUGUGUCAUUUUAAAAAAUGUUUCUGAGUUUUAAGCAGUGGUAGCUCUGGGGUUUGGGGGGCCCUGGGCAUGACAGCCAUUUGGGGCUCCUUAAUGUUAUGAGAGCAAAUCAGGCAUAAGCGUUUACAUAACCCUGUACACGAAGCUGCAAUGAAAGUCGUAAUACAUUCAUUGUGGUCAGUUUUUAUUACAACCCCUCACAUGCUAAUUGUUGUAAUUUUAGGUUCCGUUCAUUGAUCUGCAGCCUCAGGAACUGCCCAUCACCCUCAAAGGUGCCUAAGGGGUCCACAUAGCUGAUGUUACCUGUUUCCCUUCCUAUACCUUUCUACCCUCAAAGGAAGAGUCCCUCUUUCCCUCACUGCCUAGAACAGGCAUAGGCAAACUUGGCCCUCUGGAUGUUUUGGGACUACAACUCCCAUCAUCCCUGACCACUAGUCCUGUUAGCUAGGGAUUAUGGGAGUUUUAGUCCCAAAACAUCCAGAGGGCCAAGUUUGCCUAUGCCUGGCCUAGAACAAUAUCUUUCAGGCACACCUGGAGCUCAAAGAAAAAUGUUGCUACCUGCAUCAGUCUGGUCAGUACAGCUCAAGUACCUAAGAUGGAUAAUCUUCAGGUGCUGAUACACAAAGCCUUCCCUCUCAAGAAUGGCCAGCCAAAUCUCCUGGCAAAUGUUUUCCUCAUAAGCAAAUUUAUCCUGUUUUAAUUGAUUGGCUGCAUUUUAGUCAAUUAAUUAAGUAAAAUUUCAUUAACUGGGUUACAGAACUAGUUAGCAUAUGCAGGAUAUGCAUGGUGGGGGAAGUCACAUCCACACAUAUGUUUAAAGCACUUUUAUACCACUUUAGCAAUCAUGGAGAAUCCUAGAAACGGUAGUUUGUUAAGGGUGCUGACUUCACAGAGUUGCAUUUGCCAGCAAAGUUGUAUUUUUUAAAAAAAAACAGUUUUAAUUCAUUUAGAAAUUUGUACAUUGCUUUUCUAUAUAAACGAAUACAACGCAGCUCACAAAGUUACUAAAACACAUCAAAACAAAAAUACAAAAAAAUUAGUAUGAUAUAAAAAUUUCCCUAGCAAACCCAAAUAGUAAAAGAGAAGUAUUGAACAGCAUUUCUCUUGGGUGUGAGUUCCAUAACAGAGGCACCAUGAUAGAAAAGGCUUUCUCUCGUGUCCAGGGAUGGGGGUGGAGAUCAAAUUACAAACAUGCGCAAAUAUAAAUAUUCCACUUCCUCAAUAAAUUCUGAGGUACACUUCAGUUUCAAAAUACAAAGUAGCAAUUUUCACUCCAGUUGCCCAGAAGGAAGUCCCAAUGAAAGUUAACAGGACUGUGUUUUCUUUAAUACAAAUACUAUAUACUAAUAUAUGGAGAACCAAUACAGCAAUCAAUCUAAUCUCCCAAGUUGAAGCUUCAAUUUAGAGAUAAUAUUCUGUUCUUGCUUUCACUUGUGGAACACUAUUGAUGUCGGCGAUCUUUACUACAAGUCUCUGAUGCCAAAGAUGGAUCUCGUGCAAUUAUUAUACAAGCUGCUAGGAACUGUAUUUUAACAGAAAGCCAGCACUGUUAACAGAUGGCACUAUCUGUACCCAGCAGUUCAUUGCCUUUUAUUUCCUCUGUAGGUUGAAAGGUUAAUUAAAGAACGAGGGUGGGAGUUUAUGUGGAACGAACGCUUAGGAUAUGUAUUGACCUGUCCUUCCAAUCUGGGAACAGGAUUGCGUGCAGGAGUCCACGUUAAGCUCACAAAGCUCAGCAAGGUGCGUAAACCAACUCAAAUGGCUUUUAAUCACCAAUGUCGGUAAGAACAAUCCUUACAAAUUUGUAGUGCCUGCUUAGACACCUUUACACCUAGAAAUGUAAUGUGAAAAUUAGGCAACCCUGCGUUUGCAAACAUAUACAUCUUGAGGAGCAAUCACUAUUUAAGAAAUGAUAUAUUUCCUUUUAUGGCAGGAUCCUAGAUUUGCAAAGAUCCUGGAAAACUUGAGGCUUCAAAAGCGUGGCACCGGUGGAGUAGACACAGCUGCUGUAGCAGAUAUAUACGAUAUCUCCAAUCUAGACCGCAUGGGUCGAUCAGAGGUAAGAUUCCCCCCUCCCAUUUUAAAUUGCAGCAAAACUUGGGGACAGCUUUCUUAUGUAAGCUAUAGAUACUACGGAAUAUUUUCAAGCUGAACAUUUAGUGUCUUCACAUAAACGCAAGUAUUGUUAUCAGGAAACUCAGUGGCACCAACUUGCAUUUACUUGGCAAGCAAGACAAGAACAUGGAAUGCACCUGAUAUGCCAAAAGUCAUCUUCUUAAAAAACAUUUGUAUAAAUUAGAUUAUUUAGACUCAUGUACUUCAGCCCAGUGAUCCCUUAUGAGCAAAGGUAAAGAGACUUCCACCUAUUGGAAUCUGUUUUAUACUGAGUCAGACCAUUGGUCCAUUUAGCUCAGUACUGUCCACACUGACUGGCAGCUGCUCCCCAGAGUUUCAGGUAGCGGACAUUUCCAGCUCUACCUGGAGAUGCCAGGGACAAAGCCUGGGACCAUCUGCAUCCAAAGCAAGUGUUCUACCACCAAGGUAUGCCCCUUCAGUGCCUGCAUGCAAUCUUAAGACACAGAAGGCCAUUCUCAUUUGUUUUCAAUGAAUGCAUUAAGACGGUUGGAUGGCGUCUUGUACGCCCUCCUUCUGGAAACUCCUGCAGCCAAGCUGGUACCAAAUGUAUUGCUCUGGUUUAGUGAAGCUAAGGGGUGUGUGUGUGUCUUCUAAUCUGGGCAGCCCAGGACCUCCCUACACUCUGCCCAGGCUUGGACCCUGGAGAGGUCACUUUGCUGCUGCUAACGCACCCCAGAGGUGCUAAUACAGCAAAAACAAUACAGGAGGCAACAGUUAAGAGUAACAGGUAUCUGCAGCCACAGUGGUUGGACUUCACCCUUGGAGGCACAAUACACUGUCUCUCGAGACAGACGGAUGCCAACAACAACUCCUCUUGCAAAUUGAAAUGAACACAACAGACAACAAGUUAUGGUGAUAUGAAUCAGGACAAUGACCUAAUUGUAUAAGCCUAUGCCUAUAUGUAUAUUUUCAAUGACUUCCUUGAGACCUGCAUAAAAAUCAUGCCAGACUGGAAUAGAUCCUAAACUGGUAUCUGAUCAAUCCCCUUAUAUUAAAGCAUGACUUAUUGGGCCUAUGCCACCUUUAUAUUCUCAUUUCAGUACUCAGAUGACAAAGGAUCAGUUACCUGAAGAGGGGAAAACCAAUAAAGUCGAUACAUUCAUUAUCCCCAAAGUACUUUCAAACCAAGUAACUUAAGACACAGUCGCCCAAAAGGACUGCAAAGUUUCAUUAUUAGACAUGUAUCUUACAGUAUAUAACAAAAUGAUAUUGUUCAGGGAGAAUUCUUCUACCUAGUUUUACUGAACAUGCGCAUAUGUUCUGUGGUAAAUAAUUAUCCACAGAAAAACCAAGGUUUUUAAAACAUAACCUCAGCAAGCUUUUCUUCUUGUUAUUUAAGGUGGAACUUGUUCAGUUAGUCAUUGAUGGCGUCAAUUACAUGGUUGACUGUGAGAAGAAGUUGGAGAAAGGUCAAGACAUCAAGAUACCGCCACCCCUGCCACAGUUUGGAAAGAAGUGAAGCUGCUUCCAAUGAGUAUCAACUGACCUGCCAUGAGUCUGUUGUGACAGACUUUUAACUCUGUAUAUUCAGUUCCUUAAAUACUGUAACUUGUCAAACGGAAAAAAAUAAAAAUAAGACCCUGUCAACAUGUUCGGUAAAAUGCUA